AUGGCGGUGCCUGGUGUGCAUAUUCCUGUGCCGCAGAUUCCCGGGAUCCCUGACGAUCACGAUCCUGAUUUAGAGGUCCGGCUGGCCGCGGGAGAGCGUCAUGGCAGGCUUGGGGGCGGUGAUCCUGGUAGUCCAGCAAAACGACCGAAGUCUGGUGGUGAAGGGCAGAGUGGAGACCAUGUGACCAUGGGGGCCCUGCGGGCCUUGUUGGCGGAGCAAUCGCUCGGCUUGUUGCAGGCUCAGCAGAGUCAGAUGACUGCCUCGCUUCAAGCUGUUGAGGAGAGGCAAAGCACCAGGUUGGACAAGCUGGAACAGGCUGUGCAGGCACAAGGGGACAAGCACUCUGGUCUGGAAGAUCAGGUCAAAGCCCUGGCGGAACGCUUGGCGCGGGUGGAGGCACGUCCGCAGGUGGCUGCCGAUCCUGCACAUGGCGGGCCGAACCGACGCCUGACGCUUGUGUUCGGAGGAUGGGAACGUGAUACUCGUAAGGGGCUUCUGCUGGAACAGCUCAAGCAGGCGCUGGCGGCGUUGGGGCCUUCCCAGCAGCUGGACGCAGAGGCCUUCUGCACGGGGGCGCGCCGCUCCGUAGCCCUUUGUCCCUUCAAGCAGAGACCAGGUGAGGACCACAGCGGACCGAGGGACCGGAUGCUCCAUAUCGUUCAGGUGGUUAAUUCCAGCAAAGUCACUUUGGAGGGUGCUGCAAGACCUUUGUGGGCGACGUUUAGCAAAACUCCAGCAGAACGCGGUCGGGCGAGUUGGGCGACCAUCGUCAGGAAGGUGGUCCUGAGGUGCAGUCCAGCACGUCUUGGGGAUGUUGAGGUCGAAUAUCUCUCGGGGCGGUCGUGGAUAAGGGAUGACCAACUGUCGGGGAUGGGUGACCCUCCGGCUGAGCUCAAGAAUGCCAGGGUGAUCACUACCAGGGCUGGCCCCGGCUGGCUCGAUGAGCGGACUCUGGCUCGAUGGGUGGACGUCUCCGAAGGAUUGGCAACUGCAGACUUGUCGGGCUCGGGUCGUGGUAAGAGCUGUAUGGUGGCCGAGUCUGCUGUGAAGAAGCUCUCUAUCCUGGGCUGGAACGUCGGUGGUGCGGACCUUCAUGUGCUGCCUAAGGCAGUUCGAGAUUCUCUCUUUCGGCUUCUUGGAAAAGAUGAGCUCGUGUUGCUUCAGGAAGUGCCUCGGGAAGCGGAGGGAUGGAAUCAUAAGCAAGUCGCAGGCAGAAGGGUUGUUACGCAUCAGUCGUCGAGUCAGUGGCGAGGAACGGGCCUUUGGUAUGACGCUGGGGCAUGGUGUCUUCUCCGCAAAGUCUCUACAAACAAGGGGACAUGGUUCAAGCUUCGUCAUCUGGAGGAACGCAUGGAGCUCUGGGUGGGGACGGCUCAUUUCUCCCCGGGAGCGUCGGUGGCAAACUACGAACUUGAGGUUCAUGAUCAUUUUGCAGGCUUGCCUCGGGAUGCCUCGAGGGUUGUGUUCAAGGGCGAUGUGAAUACAGGAUUCUCGUGGGCGGCUGAAGGGGAUGAGGUCUCUGCAGUCGCCAGGGAAGGGAAGGGUAACAUUCUUCACAAAGUGUUGAUGGAGGCAGGGUUGGCAGUGGGAGUACCAGAACGAGAUCAGAUGCACACCCCGACUAGCAGACCCCGGCAGGAAGGCAAGCGAGGUCAGUGUAUCGACAUCAUGGCUUUUCGGGGACUUAGCUUUCGGUCGUGGCACAUCUUGGUCGACUCCUGUCUUUGUAUUGGAACAGAUCAUGAGCUGUGUCAUUCGAUUUUCUCACAUUCGGCGGAGCGGCUUUUCCCCCGGUACAACACAAGGCCACGAGUCUGGGUGGGUGGGGCGGUGACCGUUGAGAACAUGAACCAGGAAAAGAUUGAGGAGUUGGCCAAGCGGUGCACCAGACCGACUCCGGGCACGGGGUACAAAGAUUCGGAAUCAAUCAAGCUGGCCUUUAGGGAAGCUAAGAGGGCGGGUACAGCGGUGAAGUGGAAGGCGGCACUCAAACUUCGCAAAGCAGCACGCAUGAAGUGGGAGCAUGACCGGCUCGUACGCGCAAGUGAAGGUGAGUGGCAUUCUUUCCGCGCUUUGAAGCCGCGGCGUCAGGAAGGGUGGGAUGUGGGCUUCUCGGAGGCCCAGGUGCAGGACCCACACCAGGUUGUUCAUGAGCAUCUCGCAGGGGUUUACGCGGGGGACGACCUUUCUUCACCUCCUCGCUGGCAAGGAGAUGUCCAGGCUUUCACAGUGGAGGAACUCAGGUUGGGUCUGUCUCAGCUUAAGCGAGGCAAAGCAGUGGGUGCGGACCUUACGUCAACAGAGCUGCUACAAGGUCUGGUACAAGUCCAGGGGGGAGAGUCCCACCUUCUCGAAUGGUACAACAGAAUACUUGCCACACAAGAAAUUCCGGAUCGAUGGAAUGAGCCUGUACUGGUCUUACUCCCCAAGAUAUCAGCCCCGAAACGGGCCCGGGAUCUUCGUCCGAUCGCCAUGGGCAGCGCAGUAUCCAAACUCUUCAGCCGCAUGUUGUUGAACAGAGCCUUGUCGCGGGUCAUUCCACAUACAUACAUGCAGUGCUCUGGGCCGGGGCGUCAGACAUCCGAUUACUUGUUUACCAUCAUUCGACUUUUUGAGUUGACGAGGGAGUGGGGCAACCCGCUGGCUGUCUUUAAGCUGGACUUGGAGAAGGCUUUUGACAGUCUGGAUCGUCGCAUGUUGAUGAGUAAACUGGAGGAGAAGAUCGGUCCAGGUCCGGAGCUCAACUGUUGGUAUGGGCUGCUGCGGGGGACCACAGGUCUGCUACAAACACCGUGGGGGUCGUCCAGGGUCGAUAUGCGUAGAGGAAUCAAACAAGGUGGGAUCGAAUCGCCACUCUUUUUUGCGCAUAUUGCAGAGCUGGCAAUGGCGGAUGCGGUCACACUGCACGGUUGGCGCAAUAUGACCCCUCUCUUUCCUGACCUACCGCCGGAGGAAAUGUUGUAUAUGGAUGAUGGCAUGCUCUGGAAUGGUCUGGUUUCGGUUGUGGAGGCCAGGGCGCAGACACUCUCGGUUGAAUUUGCCAAGUACGGGUUGAAGAUGAAUCCUGGCAAAUGUCAAUUGUAUGUUUCGCCGUCGGUGGUCGGUAAGCGCGAGAUCCAGUUGAAUGGGGAAAGGGUUCAAGCGUCCACGGUGCUGGAGGUCAUGGGUCUACCUCUUCGUGUAGGGAUGACCAUGUACGAAUUGGUUUCCCCGGCUACCUCCCAUGCUCGGGCAAAAUUUUUGGGAGCUCAAACAUCUUUUCCGAGCAAAGGGUCACAUGAAGAGUCGAGCCAGAACCAUGCAGAAAGUGGUGGGUGCAACCGCUCUAUGGUAUGUGUGUUCGGUGCCCCCGGACAAAGCGGCGAUGACGGCUUUGAACGCGACACAGUUGCAGCUCAUGGUGUGGUUGUUGCGUCUCUGUAA